AAGCCAAGAGCCGAGCCUGGGCUUGCUGCCCCGGGAGGGCCCGUGGGUUCCGUGGCCGGCCGGACUCCGAUCCUUGCAGGCUCCUCUUCCCCUGCUUCCCAGGGCCUGUGCGCCCCCCCCUUACUCCUGAUUGCUAUGGGGGACCCUCAGAUGCAGGACGCCUUCUCUGGGACAACCAUGGACGAUCUUUUGCCGUUGAUCUUUCAGCAAACCUGGGGCCUGCAGGACCCUGCCCCCAGCACCACUCCUUUCGUGGAGAUAAUUGAACAGCCCAAGCAGCGCGGCAUGCGUUUCCGCUACCAGUGCGAGGGGCGCUUGGCUGGCUCUAUUCCUGGGGAGCGCAGCACGGACACCACCAAGACCCACCCCACCAUCAAGAUCCACAAUUACAUGGGUCCUGGCAAAGUCCGGAUCUCUCUGGUGACCAAGGAGGUCCCGUACCGGCCUCAUCCCCACGACCUGGUGGGGAAAGACUGCAAAGAGGGGUUCUACGAGGCCGAGCUGUCGCCGGAGCGCUCCAUCCACAGCUUCCAGAACCUGGGGAUCCAGUGCGUGCGGAAACGGGACCUGGACAAAGCCGUGGCCAAGCGGAUCGAAACCAGCAACAACCCCUUCAAUGUGCCCACGGAGGAGCUGAAAGGCGACUACGACCUCAACGCCGUCCGCCUGUGUUUCCAGGUGUGGAUCCGGGACGCGGGCAGCGGCCGCCUGGUCCAGCUUCCCCUGGUGAUCUCUCAGCCGAUCUACGACAAUCGUGCGCCCAACACUGCCGAGCUGAAAAUCUGCCGUGUCAACCGCAAUUCGGGGAGCUGCCUGGGAGGAGACGAGAUCUUUCUUCUCUGCGACAAAGUGCAGAAAGAGGACAUCGAAGUCCGCUUCUUCAAGGACGCCUGGGAAGCCAAGGGCUCCUUCUCGCAGGCCGACGUCCACCGCCAAGUGGCCAUUGUCUUCAAGACCCCGCCGUACAUGGACCAAACCCUCCGGGAGCCCGUGACGGUCCAGAUGCAGCUGCGCCGCCCCUCCGACAAGGAGGUCAGCGGGCCCAUGGAGUUCCGGUAUCUCCCCAACGAAGGCGACUUUCACCGUAUUGAGGAGAAACGCAAACGGACGCUGGGUACCUUCAAGAGCUUUGUGCAGAAAACGCCCUUUGCAGUCGGGGCUGUGGAAUCGCGUUCCCCGCGCCGCAUCGCUGUUCCGAAACAUGGCCUGGGGCGGCCCAAUGCCACCGGUGCUCCCGGGCUCAUGGGAGUCCCAGGCCAGCCCUCGGUGCCUGCACCCAAACCACAGACCCUGAUCCAGGCUUCUCACGGCUUCUUCGGCGGCCCCAGCCACGCCACGCUGCCUCUCUCGGCUGCAGCGCAAUCCGGCCUCAGCACGGUGAACCUGGAAGACCUGUCGGGCCUGGGCGUGGCCCAGUCGGUCCAGUCGGACGCGGAAACUAGCAUCGCCGACGCCAUCCUGCACCUCCACUUCGAAGGGGCGGACGCGGGAGCCAUGGAGCUGGGAGAAAUCCUAGACGACAUGCCCUACACCAGCCUGGAGGCCAUCAACACGGCUGAGUUCCGGCAGCUCCUCACGGAAGGGGCCGGCCCGACGGGCCCGACAGCGGUGGCGGCAGCCUCAGAGAGCCAGGCGACUCUGCUCACCUACCCGGAGUCGAUCACCCGCCUGGUCAGCCAGCGGAGGGCGGAAGGGGAGCCGUCCGGAGGCGGGGAAGCCGGAGGCAGCAGCUCGACCAACAGCUUCAUCAACGGCCUGUUGGGAGCCCUCCCUGGCGAGGACGGCUUUUCGUCUAUGGUCGACCUGGAUUUGAACUCGCUUCUGAACUCAUAAGGGGAGGGGGGUUGACUUGAAACUGCCGGGCUCUCUCCUUGGCCUCCCGGACUCCUGCCAGCCCCCUCCUGCCCAGACUAGCAACUUGGUCUCCGCUUGCUGGUGUUUCCCUGCUGGAUAUUUUGGGAUGGACAGCCGAGAUGUCGAGGAGGCGGUGGGGUAGGGCGAGGGACUCGUCUCUUGGAACUAGCACCAGACGUUUCCCCGCCGCCUCUCCAGCGCCCCCCGCUUCUGUGGAUCGUGUCGCCUGAAUUGGGAUGGGACCUGUGGUCUCUUUGUCGGAGAGGCGGGGAUUGGCAGCAUAGCCUGCUCUUGCCACACUUUUGUUAGAAACGGUGCUCUGUAGCAGCCACAAGCAUGCUCAACCCGACCCAUUAAGUGCUCCGUAAUCACUACAGAGUCGAUUUUACACCCUUUCUGACGCGAUUUUACACCCGCUGCACCUCCGGACCCUUUCACAGUUGCCCACUAGAUGGGUUCUUAUUUCUCUGUUGAAGUUGGUGGCUGUCCUACAUCCACUAGAAUAAAGAAACGAAGUCUCCGGAUUUUAUUCCAAGAAACAGCCUUCUUCAGGGGUCAGUUUUAAUAUGUAUAGAUCCCUGCAAAGACCUCCGAAAAACAGAGUCUGCAUGACGAAUCCCGGAACCACAGAGUGUCUUUUUCAGAGAUCUCUGUUCCUUGGAAUAAAACCACAUUUAUUUUUUUCAGGAUUUUGAGACAUUGGCUCAUUUUUCCGCUGGAUCAUUUUGGAUGUUUUGUUCCCCUGUUCAUCUGUAACAUACUUGUGGGUGGAGUUCUCCAAAAACUUCUCUGGGUGUCAUGGGGAACCUUUGCUUUCCCCCCUCUUGUUUUCUCCAAUGCACCAGUCUGCCCCGUUUUCCAUCGGAAUAUAUCUACGGUUGCCAAUGUUUCUUCGUUAUUUGUUGGUAGGACUCUUGUGCCGUUAAGAAUCGUGCUAAAAAAUGCAAGCAUCACUUUCCCGAGAAGGUAAAGCUGUUUUAGUCUACAGCAGCAAAGGUAUCAAAGCGGCUUGGGGAACCUCAGAGGCGAACGCAUUGAUUGCAGCAUACACUGCAUCUGAGGAAACCCAGCGAAAGCUUACGCUGGAAUAAAUUUGUAAGUCUUUAAGGUGCCACAAGAUUCCUUAUGUGAAAAAACAAACCCAGCGAUGGAGACUAUGCAAACGUUUGCUUGUAUCAACGCUCUUAAAAGGUCGCCCUACCAAGAUUUUUUAUUUUAUUACAAGGUAAACUACCUUUUUGGAACCGGAGUGCCUUAAAUAUUGUCCCAGCUCAUUUCUGGGACUAAAUGUGCCUGAUGGACGCUUCAUAGCCUCUCUGUCCCGAGGGGAAGGUUUCGCUCAGCCCGUUUUUAAACAGAGUCAGAAUAGGUCUCUCCACUGGGCUGUCGGAAUGAGAGAGGUAUGUUAGUGGGCGUGGGGAGCAGGGUUUACAGCUCAGGUCUUCUGUUAGUGGAUGAUGGGUCACCUUUUGGCCUUUGCAUUUUGCCCCCUUGGGGUAGGAGGAUGGCGUGAGUGCAGUGCGGUGCACACAAGACUUCUGUUCCUCAUACUUCUUAAAAGAAGAGAACUGGGGGUGGAAAGACAUUCUCUCCUGUUUCGGUUAACUGAUGCCAAAACUUCGGGCCUAGCGCCCUGCUUCCUUUCGGAAGGGGUGGAAAACAGGUCACAGAAAACCCAGGCGGGCUUUCUCCUUCCCCGUUCGAGGAGAGGCUGGUUUUCCUGUAGGCCAGCUUUCUCCAACGGUGCCCAUGUUUGGGCCUAGCCAGCAUGCAAAGGCUGGCUAAGCCAACAGCUGAGAACUAUAACUCAGGCAAGGCUGCUGUGUGCCUAAUUUAGCUCUGGAGCCUGUUUCUUCUUUGGUUCGGGCAGGAGUCCCGUCCGAGCGAGGUGUUCCCGUGUUACAUCAGCGUGAUCCUCCCGGCCCUCCAAAGAAGUACUUUCGGAGGAGGAAGGAGGUGAGGAAGCGAUGGAAAGUGUGUGUGUGUACAACCUCCCUUCCCGGAUGGCACCCAAGACCUAAAGCUUUGGACUCAGGUAACCUCUUUAAAAAAUAAAAAGCCCGGGAAUCCAUCACUCAGACGGUGUCUGGCAGGGGUUGUGAAAAAUGUCUUCCAGGCCCUCGGUCCACCAGGCUGCAGAUAUGGGGAAGGUGGGCGACCUUCCUGUCCGUUCCCUCUGGGAGUUGCUUCCGUGCCUCGAUUUCUUUUUAUACUAUUUGCUGCAUUGUUGGGGGUUUUUUUUGUAAAGGGGGCGAAUGUGUAAAGAUACUUAACUACUUAAGUGCUGUAACUAUUUCAACUGUAUCUCUCCCCCCACACACACACCCUUUUCCUAUCGCAGGUUCCUAAUAAACUGAAGCCUCCGCUUUACCAUUUUCUUCUUUUA